AUGCUGUUGGUCUUCGGUCCUUCAAGCAGGGCCUGGCUGGUCAUCAUCGGCCACCUCUUUCUUCUAGCAAAUAUCUUACAGCUUGCGCAAUGUUUCCCGGUUGACUUCAAUCAGAAUGAUUCUUUCGUUAGUGUACAAAGGCGACAGACUGGCGAAGUAACAACGACCACGCCUGGGAAGUAUACGGAGAUUCGUUUGCAGCCUUCGUGUGCCGGGAAAGAAGACUUUUUCAAGGAUGUCUUUGAUAACAUGGCGAAAAUCACAUCCGACGCGAAAUCUUCAGUUGCAACCAUUGAGAAAGCGAUGGCGAAGGAUCGCAAGAAGAUGCUCCCGACUGAGAAGUCAUACAUGGAUCUCUACCAAAAGCUCUAUGGAAUCUUUGAUCCAAAAGACAAGAACAAGGUCAAGAACGCCAAAGCCAAACUGAAGGUCAUCUCCAAUUUUGUCGGAAAAUACGCGCAAGGUCUUUCUGGGAAUCAGUUCAAACUUGAUGUUUAUUGCGAUCCGAAAGAUUGGGUGACCGAUGGCAAGAAGGAUGCAGCUGGCGAUUAUACAUUCACACUACCCAACGACCCAUUGUCAGUGCCAACUGAUGGUAACGAUCUUGACAUUUGUAAAGAGCCGGAUGGAUCGGAAAAGACCCUCGCUUUCGUCACCACUAGCAAGGACAACAGCAAAGACUACAUGACAGUCUGUCCCUUGGCCUGGACGUCGUGGGCAGGUGAUACUCUCGUAACCAAGAAAGGAGAGGGACUGAAGAAUCUCCUGGGCAAGACCAUCGACAACACCUUGAAUAAGACACCCGAGAGUCUGUUUCUGCACGAGCUAACUCACGCAGAGGCAUAUUUUGGCGAAAAUGCUCUUGGUAAGCCGAACCGAUUACCUGUUUUCUCUUUUCUAUCGCGUAAAUUGAAGAGAUUACUAACACCAAUGUUGCAACGUGCAGAUGAUAGGCAGUUGGGCAAGGAGGGGGAGCACGAUCCCCCUGCUUAUGAGUGGGUGGAUAUCACAAAACUCGCUGAGGAAGACAAGGACAAGACGAAGAUCUCAGAUAUCCGUCCACUCGACAAUGCCGGUCUCUACCUAAGCGAGAAAGCCAAUUGGGGAGAUGGAAUUUGCCGGGAUCCUAAGACGGUGAAAUAA